AUGCGCUUUGCACCUGAUUUGUUAAAAAAUAUAUAUAAUAUAGAGAAACGGUACUUUACAGAUACAACGAAAGUAAAACUUAAUAGUACAGGGAAAAAGGAAAUUAUUGUUUUACAUCCUAUAUUAAAAAAGUCAAAAAAGUAUAGCAAGAGCUGUGAUGAAACACUUUACGAUGCUCAGGAAGCUUUGGGGUUAGCUCGGUCAGCAGGGUUCAAAAUUGCAAAUGGAAUUUCUAUGCCAUCAGGGGGUUGGACUAAUAUGAAGUUCUCAAAUGAAUAUAACAAGAAGAGCAAAAUAAAAGAUUUAGAUAAACUUGAUGGAACUAGAGAAAUAAAACAUACAGAUAAAGAGGCAGUGAAUAACUUGAGCUCUUCUAAUAGCCCAUAUGUUGGUAACAUAAUAAAGAAGGAAUUAAGUUAUAAGGUGAACAAAAAUUAUUCAAAUGAUGAUUGUUUCUCUGAACGUUCUGAUUGUAGUAUGGAAGAAGAAUCGUUUGAAAAGGGAGAUAGCAUCAGUACUAAAGAGGAUUAUAAUACAGAGAAUGGGAACUCAUCAAGGAAAGGUAGAAAAAGCGACGACAGUGAUGCUAAUUGUAAUUAUCGUUACAAUCAUGAUUAUGGUUGUGAUGGUGCUAAUGAUAGUAACUAUUUACAUGCUCGUACAAAAUGCGAAGAACUAGAAAAAAAAAUUGCAGAAUCUAUCAUAAUUAAAGUUAAUAGAAUGGAUGUUAAGUUUUAUUUUGGUAAAGGUAAAUUAAAUGAAUUGUCCAAAUAUUUUCUUAAAAAACCUGCACCGUAUAUAUUUAUUAAUACGUUAUUAUCACCAGAACAAUUCCGUAAUUUGGAUUUUCUGUUUAAUAGCUUGUUGAAAAGUUAUCAUGAUGAAUUACAGAUGAAUAGCAGGAGGGAAAAAGAGGAAAAUUACUUUACUUUUAGAGUAUCUGAUUGUGUAUACAACAGGUCAAGCGAGGAACAAGGAGAGGGGGAUGGUCAGGGGUAUGUAGAUAUGUAUAACGAUUAUUUAGAAGAGUACGAGGGGGAAGUAACGGAAAAAGGGGAAGAAUCAGAAGAUGAUGACAAGGAUGGUUACCCUUACGAACGAGCAGCCAAAGAGAUAUGCGAAAGAAAAAGUGGUCAGUUUGUGCCGAUAUACGUUGAGUUGUUUGACAGGUACAGUAUCAUUUUGUACAUUAUGAAGAGAAGGGCAAAAAGCAACUUAAGUAAACUACAGCUAGAACUGGCAAGGGCAAAUUUUAUUUUGAACACCUAUUCAGAAGAUAACAAAUCAAGAAUGAAAUAUAUAAAAUAUAUUGAAAAUAAUGUUUUAGGAAAAUCUCAAUACGAUUAUGAAGAAAGGUAUGACAAAAUAAAUGCAUUCGAUGUAGAUAAACAAAAUAAAAAGAAAAAUUAUGAUUACCUAGGAUAUACAAGUAACUAUAUAAAAAAUACAGAAACGUAUAAGGAAUAUGAAAAAAGAAUUAUUAAUAAUCUUUAUGAUAAAUUAAGAAAAGAGUUGACAAAAUGUAAAAAUAAUAAUAGCUUACAAAACAUUUCAAGAAAACAUAAAGCUUUGAUAGCCAUUGUAGGUUAUACAAAUGCGGGGAAAACUAAACUAAUAAAUUAUUUGACUAAAUCUAAUCUAAAAGCAAGAAAUUUGCUCUUUCAAACAUUAGAUAAUUCGUACAAAAAUUUAAAUAUAGCUGAUUGUUAUUCGACAAUUUUUAUUGAUUCAAUUGGAUUCAUACAAAAUAUUCCUUAUUCUUUAUACGAAUCUUUUAAGAUAUCCUUAGAUGCAAUAAAGAAUGCUGACAUAGUUAUUCAUGUAAUUGAUGUAAGUCAUCCACACAAAGAACGGCAAAAAAAAUGUGUAAUAGAUACAUUAAGGAAAAUUGGAAUAGCUGAUGAAUUUAUACAAAACAAUGUUGUGGAAGUAUGGAAUAAAAUAGACAAGUUAACAGAGCAACAAAUUUUCACUUUAUAUAAGAACAAACCAAAAAGUGCUCUACCCAUUUCGGCCAAAAAUGGCACGAACUGUGAUAUACUUAUAAAAAUUGUACAAAAAUUAGUUAAUAAAAUAAAAAAUGUUCAAGUUUUAACUUUGCAAUUUCCGACAAAAGAAGCCCAAGAAAGAAUAAACUUUAUUAGGAAGAAUUUCAAAGUGGUUCCAGAUUCGAUUUCCUACACGCCAGAUGGACAUACAACGAUUAUCAAGUUGGUCGAGAAUCCGAGCAACUUGAAAAAGUACUACGAGAAAUUUGGAGAGUGA